CACAUCGACACAGAGGAUCCAUCUGCAAAAGGAUCAUGCGCCAUGUCGCACGUUGGAGUGCCUGAGCCAGCACCCUACGUGCAGCUGCAGCUGCCGAAAAAUUUGCGCCGCAGUGACCGCUGGCAGGUGCUGCGAACCACGGCCACAAAAUCCCAGGUGCAACUUUGGGUGAACUACUUGGCGGUUGGGAAGUUCAGCUGGGCUUCUCAAGCCGGAAUGCUGGAAGAGUUCGGCGUGGAUGGCUUUUGCCUCAUCUCCUUCCAGGGCGUGUCACCCCGGGACAUCGUGAAGAUCCUGGUGCGCGGGGUGCAGAUUGGCGACCGCGUGUUUCGGUUCAUCGGGCAUUCGAACAGCCAGUUGAGGUCCAAGACCUGCUGGUUGUACCAAGGAUCAUUGGAAGACAACGAGGAUGUCUUGGACAAGGUCGGCUUUUUUCGGAUCAUCCACCCGGCGGCGAAGCGUGCCAAGAGAGUCGGUCUACUCUUCAGCAGCAUCGCCAAUGUAGUGACCAUCCCCGAAGGCUUUCGGGAGGAGAACGAUGAGGAUGUGGAGCGUAAUGGCUUUUGCUUCACAGAUGGUUGUGGCCGCUUAAGCACUGCGUUUGGAAAGCGAAUCGCGCGUUCGCUGACCAUCAUGGACCCGAUGACGUGUGCCCGAUACAGACCAAGCACCUUUCAAAUCCGCUUCAAAGGAUACAAGGGUAUGGUGGUGGAAGAUCCGGGUCUGAACGAGCGUGACGCGGAGGUGGUGAAAAUGCGACCCAGCCAGCGCAAAUUCCGAUUCCAAUCUGGUGAUUCGGGACGGAUGGGGCUGGCAUUCGGGGUGGUUGACUACAGCAAGCCCUAUCAGUACGGAGCACUGAACAAAUUUUCCGUGAUCAUCCUGGCUUCCUUGCAGGUCCCGUCGCAGGUCUUCGAGGCACGGCAGCUGGAGUACUUCCGGAGAUGGCGCCGGGCCUUCCAAGGGGAUCCCGAAGCCGCGCUGGAGGUGCUGCUGCUGGCCAAGCGGCCCGCAGAGGUCCAGAAACUCGUGGAGUGCGACGCGCGAGCCGCGCAGAGAGCCCUGAAGGAUGCUUUGCAGAGCGAGCUGAAGAAAAUGACGCGGGAGCCAGAGGAGCGCAAGCUCCGCAUCCCCAUCCAGAAGUCUCGGUUGCUCUUUGGCGUCGCCGACACCACUGGCACACUGCAGCCGGGGGAAUGCUGGCUGGAGGUGGAAAGCGAGGAGCUGCCGUCGCAAGUCUUGGUCACUCGAAGCCCCUGCUACCACCCUGGGGACAUCCGCCUGCUGCGGAGGGCGACCCGCUCCGUCCUCAUCAGCCGAGCGCAAUCUCGAGCGCAGCUGGUGGAGCGCCAGCUGGAGGUUCUGCGGGACGUGGUGGUCUUCCCAACCACCGGGCCACGGCCUCACGCGGACGAGAUGCAAGGCGGCGACCUGGACGGCGACGAGUUCUUCGUUUGCUGGGACUCUCAGCUGCUGCCCCGAGUCGAGGUGGACGCUGCAAGCUAUGCGGCCAGCCCGGCACAGGCGCAGCAGGAGGCGACGUUGGCAGACUUGGCAGUGCAUUUCGCCCACCACUCCUUCUCCGCAACCGCCAAGAUCAGUGAGGCUUGGUUGUUCUGGGCUGCGCGCGAGAAGGAGGGCGCACGAAGCCAAAAGUGCCGACGACUGACGGACUUCUUCUCUCGCGCGGUGGACGCGGUGUCAAGCGGAGAGCGAGUCACGCUACCUGCAGAUCUUCAAAUUCCUGAGGGAGAGACGGCUGAAGCCACUGUCUGGGACAAGUUGUUGAAGCGCCAGGAGCUUUGGAUGGCUGAGGUGCUACAACUGGGCUUUGAAACCGCAACGCUGCUGUGGGACUUCGACGGUCUCCCCUUGACGCCCUUGGCAAAGUUGCAGCUCCAGGCCAAGGCCGGCGUCCCGCUCUCCGCGGAAGUGCGUCACUUGCGUCCACAUGAGCGUGUCUUCGCAGAGCAGGUGUGCGGCAUACCUCCCAGCUCUUGGCCAGAGCCCAACGCCACCGUGGACAGCAGGAUACUGACGCAGGGCGACCUGUCCUCAUGGAGCUGCGGUGGUGAGGACACUUUGGGCCACGUGAAAACGCCAUGGCAGCUUCGGAAGCAGGGGGACGAGAGCAGCGGCAUGCUCCUGGCGCUGCACACCACGCUCUGCACCGCCAGCCGCAGCCUUCUCGUCAUCAAGGUUCGCGAGCGCUUCACCAUGGCCUUGCUGCUUCUGGGCUUCUUUAAGCCCAGCGGGGCAUAUGACAAGAAACGCCGCCUUGUGGCGGAGGACAUCUCAGUAGACGGCAAACAGCGGAAGCUCUGGAUCUUCGGCCUGGCGUCGAACUUCCGGCGAAAGUUUGAGGCAUCCUCUGACUACCGGCUCUGUCUUUGUCGGGACCGCUUUCAGCUGUACGCUUGCAAGUCCAAGGAGCAUGAGCUCACGAGCCAGGCAGUUGGGGGUAGCACCUUCGUGUACAUCGGAGCAGAGCCUUUGGAAGCCAGCGGCAAGGGUGCAAAGGGCGGAAAAGGCGGAAAGGACAAGGUGAGAGCUCCGGUGUCCGAGCCCCACACAGUCAUGUCAGUGGCUCUUCAGAAUCUUGAUCGCCGCGGUCAGGACUUUUUCGGCGGCCGCGUCAACAAGCUACGCUGUUUGGCAUGGGAGCUGUACACCGAGCCCUCAGACAGAGGAGGUGCACCUGAAAAACCUGGGCAGCUGCUGUGGGCGAUCUAUUUGGGCAAGGCGCCUCCCAGGCUGGAGCUUGAUGACCCCAACGCCUUCGAGUCGGACCUGCGCUGGCUUCAGGAGCUCUACUCAGAGCCUGAGGAGCAGGAGCCGGUGUAUGCCACUUCCUCGCCGGUGAUCGCCUUGGAACAGCUCAGCGCCGCUGCAGCGGCUGGCGGGCUGGGGGUCAAGGUGCUUUACAAAGCCAUUUGCCAAGAGGAAAGGACUGGCGAUGUGGAGAUGAUGAUGGCAAAGUGCUUCGAGACUUCGCUGGCGAUGCUGCUGUCAGAGGGGUUGUCAGAGGUGCCAGGCCCUGUGAUGGAGCGAAUCCUCGAGCUCAGCUCUGUAUGCGGCGCCCGUGUACCACAGGUGAUAGGACUUGCUACCCAGAGCUUGCAGAGCUGGUUGCUGAAGAACAGCCUGUCGGUGGAUGCCUACGAGCACAUGUGCAGAUGCUUCUGCCAGAAUCUUCCCCACCAUUGGCUGCUCACAGAGACUUUGCUGCAACUCGGCAAGCUUUGCCACGGGCAGUUUGGGUCUGACUCGACGAAUGCUGGAAGUUCCACGAAAGCUUUGUCUGUAGCCUUGCUGACGCAACUCUUCGUGGAGUGGGCCUCUGAUCGGGUCAGGGAGCGUGAAUACACUACGAAGCUGAAGAAGUAUGAGGAAAAGUCGGGCAAGGCCACGAGCGGCAAGGGCGCGAGCUCCGACGUGUUCCGGCCCAGCGUCCUCACCGGUGUCAGCGUGGCUGUGGCCUUGCAGGUUGAGGACACUUGCACAGAGCUUGAAGAAGGACGUGCUUUCACAUUGGAGGCCAAUCUCACUCCCUCGUACAGGCUACCAAUUUUACGGCCCAAGUCUCUGGAUUUGUACAAGAGCUUGCUGCGGGAGCAGCAGGCAGGCGAUCGCCGGGCGAUCGCCAUGGGCACAAUCUCUGCCACGCGUCCGCUGACUGCAAAGGUGGCGCCAGCGCAGAUGAGCAAGGUUUGGGACCUUUUGUCUGCUUUGCCAGACGGGGAGCUGCAAUGGAUCAUGCGGUGCGUCCCAUCUUUUGCAACUUUGGAGCUUUGCAGAAAGGCAAUUGCCUGCGGCGAAGAUGCAGAUGCUAACCCCAUUCUCAUUGCGCUGCACACGUCUUUUGCUACGCGGACACUUCAAGAUGCGCUGUCACGGGAACCUCUCCUACCGCAUCAAGCUUUUCACGCAAGCAAGGGCGGCCAGAAUGUCAAAAGCACAGGCAAAGGGGUCCAGCCCAACCUCGAGUUGAACGAGAUGCAGCGCCAAGCCUUUCAUGCAGCAUUGCAGCGCCGUGUGUGCUUGGUCCAGGGACCGCCAGGCACUGGGAAGACCAAGCUUAUCGCUGCCCUGGCGGGCGCCCUUAGCAAAGAGCGACACUCGGGGCCGGUGGUUUUGUUGGCGGAGACGAACUAUGCAGUGGACAACUUGGCGCAAGCUGUGAAGGCACACACCAGCGCAAAGAUGGUGCGGCUUGGCCCCACAUCCAGUCCAGCGAAAGAAUUUCAGUUGGACUGCCAGGCCGAGCGCGAGAGCAAGAGGGCGGGCUGCGGCUUUUUCGAGAAGCGCAAGGAGUUGCUGACAUCGGCUGAGGUCAUUUGCUCCACUGGCGUUCGAGCUGCGUCGUUUCCAAAAGAGCUCGGGGAAGAUCAUCCUGCCACGAUUUUGGAUGAAGCUAGCCAAGUCACAACACCGGUGUUGCUGUCUGCCCUGGUCCGUCGCUGCCUGCGCCUGGUGCUUGUGGGGGAUGACCAGCAGUUGGGUCCUGUAUGUGGACUGCAGCAAGAGAGCUGCAAGAAGCUGCAGCUAAUGCUCCCUGAAGGACUCGGUCCGGAAGAUUCAGCUUUCGCCUGGCUGCUGAAGCAGGGCCUAAAGGCCGUGCAGCUGAAUGAGCAGUAUCGUAUGCACCCGAAGCUUGCAGAGUUCCCAUCGCAGCAUUUCUACCAGGGACGGUUGGUAUCAAAGGUCACAGAAUCCCAGCGGCUGCCGGUCCGGGGAGUGCGCUUGACUGCAGGAUCCCCAGUGCACUUGGUGGACACCUCCAAGAUGAAGGACUGCGAGGAGACGCGUGUAGGAACCUCCUGGCGCAACAUUGGAGAAGCUGUUCAGGUAAUUCAGAUCCUGCAGGACGCCUUAAAAGCCGGAGAUGUUUGCAAAGAGGAUGUCGGCGUCAUCACUCCUUACUCGGGGCAGGUGAAGGAGCUGAAGCAGAGGCAAUGCAACGCAGAGGUGAGCUCAGUGGACGGGUUCCAAGGCAAAGAGAAGGACCUCAUCAUUUUCUCAGCCGUUCGCAGUGGAGACCGCGUUGGAUUUUUAUCAGACGCCCGCCGCCUGAAUGUUUUGCUCACACGUGCUCGUCGUGGACUGAUUGUCAUAGGAUCUGUACAAACUCUUCGAAGGGACCCAAGUUGGAAUGCAUGGGUCCAAUGGCUAGGCCAGUGUCACACAAGUUCAGGGUGCGCCUAGGCGAUGAUUCAUCUCGCACAAGACAUUCGAUAUAAC